CGUCACUGGUUCCCAUGGCAGCCUGAAUCUCCAGGAAAUCGUCAACACAUGAUCCCGUAACGUUACACUUUCAGGCUAACGCUAGUUUUUAUCAUUGCUUAGUUUUACCUAUUGCGGUUUCGAGGGCCUUGUUGCUUUUGGGGGGAUUAAAAAAAGCAGAAAUUUAUUUGAAUGGAGUGUCUAGUUGGAGAGUCAUCCUUUCAGAACCUGCAGGCUCUGUCUGCUUUGUUAUCAGCUCAGCAGGAUGAUGAUGAUGAUGAAGACUGUAAAAAUGUAUCAUCCUGCGCACAGCUGGGUCCUGGACACAUUGGCCCCCCACCCAAAAAAGAUAAAGAAGUAUCAAAUGCCUAUGUGAAGAAGAACAGCAAAGAUAUCUGGAGCGAGGAAGAGGUGGCUGAGGGCUCCCAGUAUGAUGAUCUUGCUGACCCGCGGCCUCAGCCUGAGUAA